AUGUUUUCUCUUUCUUUUUGCUUCAGCCGCGGCCAUCAUAGUUGCCUGUGCGCAAGCGCAACGUCCUUUCCUUCGUCGUUGUCUCUGCGACCGACUGCAAAAAUGCUCAUCCCGAAGAAGAACCGUGUUGCUAUCUAUGAGCACCUCUUCCGUGAGGGAGUUAUGGUGGCUCAUAAGGAUUUCAAUGCGCCUAAGCAUCCAGAGUUGGAGGCCCUUCCCAACCUGCAAGUCAUCAAGGCCAUGCAGUCCCUCAAGUCCCGAGGAUAUGUCAAUGAGACUUACAACUGGCGACACUACUAUUGGUACUUGAACAACGAAGGUAUCAACUAUCUCCGUGAGUAUCUUCACUUGCCAGUUGAGAUCGUUCCCACCACUCUUCGUCGCGCUGCACGCCCAGAGGGUCAGCGACCCCGCCCCAAGGGCUUCGGUGGUGCACCAUCUGGUCGCCCUGAGGAUGACCGCUCCACGUACCGUCGUGCUGAUGGAUUCGGUGGUGCCGAAGGCAAGCCUGCUGGUGCUGGAUCUGACUUCAGACCAGAGUUCCGUGGAGGUUUCGGUCGUGGUGCACCCCGUGGCGGUGGACGUGGUGGUUUCGGUGGAGCGCAGUAAUGUCACUUUUACCAACUCAUUUUCUGUACCAAUAGUAAAGGAAAAAAUGCUUUUCGGUGUCUUA